UAAAAGUUGUAAGCUGACAUUGUCGUUUGAAAGUAGCAAAGUGGUAGCAAAGUACCUACAAGUGUCGUGAUAAGUUGUAACUUCAUUGUACACAAAUGUGGGUAGCUUUCACCGAGUUAUUUUAAAUAAUAAUUUACAUAUUUAGUUCACAAUUAUGGGGUGUUUUUCGUCUAAGAGUGAGGAUUUUCAGCGUUGCAAAUAUUGCAAUAGAAACCCUGUAUACGAAUCAAACGAUAUUUGUCAUAUUUGUAAAGAUAUAACGCAAAGUUGUUCAGACAAGCAAAUAUCUUUACCAGUUAUAAGACAGCAUCAAACUCGAAGUGAAACCCGUGUUCCAUAUUUUGGUGAGUACAGGUGUGAAUCAUGCAAACGUUACUGGGAUAGUCGCCUAUGUUGGCCGAAUUCAUAUCAAAUCUGCAAGAAUUGUUCUAAGCCCGUGUAUCCCUUUAGACAUAGGGCAUUAGUUUCAUCAGAUAUGACAAAUUUGAAUGAUAGAACCAAAGAACAUCCUAUAGAACUUUGUGGAAAGUGUAAGCAACUUGGACAUCACUGUGGUUCUAAGAAAAGAAUAUUGCGUAGAUAAUAAGUUUAAUGACAUAACUUCUGCCUAACUAAAUAUUAGGUAAUGAAAUAUAUUUUUUUUACUUUUAUGUAAAAUAAUAUGUAGGUAUGUUAUGUAAAUUAAAUAUCUUUUAUAAAUGCAAAAAAUGCAUAUCAUCCUAAAAAUAUUAAAGAACUAAAAUGCCUAUUUUUGAUGGCAAAUAAAACAAAAAAAAAAGUGAUAUCAGUUUAUUUUAAAAUGAAAUGUUCCCCUGGCUUUUCACAGUUUUUGAAGAAUAAUGUAAUCUUUUCUAAAAAUAUUUUAUUUUUAACUUUUUCACACGUGGACUUCCACAUAUUUAUACUACUUAAUUGUUUUUCCGCCAUAUUAGCAAAAAGAGGCACAACCAGAUUACAAAAUGAUUCUAAAUUCUCCUCCUGGACAAAAUUUUCUAGUAAUAUGAACUUUUGCAUGACAUCAAAUACUUGUUGUUCCUCUAAAGGUUCGAUUAAAAACAUAGACUGUAACAAAAUAAUUAACAUAAAGUAAAUUUGCUUGGAAUGUACUAGGAAUAAAACUAUUAUAACCAAAUUAUAAAAUAUUCUUAAGCUUGAAUUAAGGUUUGUGAAUAUAUAAUUAUAAUGCACAAAUUAAUGAAUGUUGAUUAAACUACUAUUAUAACAAACAA